UUUCUCGGUUUGGAAUCCAUCUCGGCAAAAGUAUACGCUUCUCGACCUGUCCCUCCUCUGCGACCCGAUCGCCGAGCCCCGUCCAGCGACUAGGAUGUUGGUUUGCACGCCAGUGUUCAUGGAGUUGCUAUAACCCCGGAUCUCGCUAGAGUACCAUGCCGAACGCUGCUGCACCUGUUUCUGCUCAGCAGACUCCACCGGCUUCCCGCCUCCUCGGGGAUCAAGAUCAGGAUAGAGACCACAGCGCCGACGAAUCCUGGUCUGCAGCUGACAGCGAUCUCGAUCGCUUCCCUCCCAAUGGCUCAACGGCCUCUAAUGCGCUGAAGCGGAAACGCCCCCUCACUGUGUCAUGCGAGCUAUGUAAGCAGAGGAAAGUCAAGUGUGACCGAGCGCAGCCCAGCUGCGGAUGGUGUACUCGCAACGGCCAGCUAUGUGAGUACAAGGAGCGCAAGAAGCCCGGCCUUCGCGCAGGGUACGGCAAGGAGCUUGAACAGCGCCUCGACAGACUGGAGGAGGUCAUUCAGACCCAAGCUCGUCUUAUUGAAACACAUAUUAUACAAGGCCAACCUCAUUUCAAUGCCGAGCUCCCACACGCGGCGCCUCUGUCGUAUAGCUCGCCAUCAGAGCCAUCUGCCGCCCAUGGACCGAGUCCCCGUAAUGCGUUCUAUUUUCAAGACGCGUCGUCGGUACCGAUACCACCCCGUCACCCUGAGACAUCCAUCACUAGCCCUUCCGACAUGUCAGUGAAGAACACGAUGCAGACUCAUCUCCCCGGUGGUAUGCCCCCCGCAGUCAAUCUACCUCAAGUCCCGAACACCACUGCUCAAAAUGACUACACUGGGAAUGAAUCAUCAUUGAAGGUACCGGUGAACCUCUUUUCGAACCAAGAGCAGUCACUUGCCGACCCAGAGCUUGAUCUACCACCGUAUGACUUGCUUUAUGCGCUGGUGGAUCUUUACUUUGAGCACAUCAAUACUUGGUGUCCCAUAUUACACCGCCGCACCACCUUGGAUAUAUUUUUCGGACCGUCGCCGCUUGACGAAGCUGACCGAAUAGUUCUCUAUGCCAUUGUCGCGACCACCCUCCGAUUCUCGGGCGAUGGCCGGCUCAACGAGCAGAACCGCAAGCGAUACCACGACUCGUCCAAACAGAAGGUGCUUCUUUAUGGACUUGAAAAUUCAUCUGUCAAAGCUCUCCAAGCUCUCGUGAUCCUAGCUUUGGAUCUCGUGGGCUCUUCCAACGGGCCUCCGGGGUGGAAGUUGCUGGCUCUGAUUACGCGAUCGGUGGUCCAGCUAGGAUUAUCAGCUGAGUCAAAAUCAUCGCUCAUCGCGCCGAUCUAUCCUUCUAUAUAUACUCUGAGAGCAGUAACUCUCCCAGAAUCGGAUUCCUGGAUCGAGGAUGAGGGUAGGCGCAGACUCUUCUGGAUGGUAUAUCUGCUGGACCGAUAUUCCACGAUCGCGACAGCCUUCGAUUUUGCCUUGAAUGACAAGGACAUUGACCGCAAGCUGCCUUGUAAGGACGAAUACUUUGCCAAAAAUCAGCCCGUGGAAACCCGGUGGUUUCACCACUCAAGUGAACGAACAGACUAUCUAAGCCAUGCCGAGAACGUUGGAUCCUUUGGCCUCUAUAUGGAGAUCCUCGGGAUUCUCUCUCGGGUCCAUCUGUUUUUGAAACGGCCCGUGGACAUCGGUGCGCUAUCUGAUGUUGAGGAAUGGCAAGCAAUGUACCGCAAGUUGGAUAGCGAGUUGACAUCCUGGGAAUUCGGCCUUCCUGCCGAAUAUGCCUACGAAAAUUCUUCCCGGCUGUUCAACGGACCGAAACACAGCAAGAGUGUUCCCUGUGACUGGGUCCAACUUCAUACCACAUAUCAAACUGCGGUCAUCAGACUUCAUUCGUCUGCUGCUUAUCCGACCACGCGCUCUCCAAUUUUCACGCCAUCGUACAGCGCGAGUCAACGUUGUCUACUCGCCGUCGAUAACAUUCUGUCUGUGACUCGCUUUGUGGUCGACAAUAAUAUGCUUGAUAAGCUUGGGCCCCCAUUUGCCUUCACCCUCUGGGUGUCUGCUCGUUUACUACUUGUUCAUGGCUCCACCAUCGCCCACACUGUGAGCCCAGAUAUAAUCUUCUUCGUGGACACUCUUGCUCGCAUGGGAAAGUACUGGAAGGUGGCAGAGCGCUAUAGUUGUAUCUUGCAACGAGUGCUUGACGAGUACGGCGAAUACCAGCAAUCCGGCGUUGACGACAGCGAGCGUGUCACACCGUCCACCGUCAAAAUCCUCGCAGACAUGCGCCGCUGCGCCUUUGAUCUGGACUUCCUGAUUUCUCGGCAGCCGCGAUCAUCUCCGGUGGGCAGCCAGCCAGCACCGCAACCAUCGGUGACGCAGUCACGCAAUCUCGCGCCCAAUGAACUGGAGUAUCUAGAUGUCUUUGGUUUCUUCAACGUUCCGCGCGUGCCACCGGCGCGGGCUCCCGAUAUCAGCAGUCUCGACAUCAAUGAGGCGGUUAACAACCCGAUGUCCAUUCAUGGGUUGACGGGAGCCAGCGCCAGCAACUCCGUCGUCGAUGGGGCGCCUCCGAACGCGAACGAAUUCAACAUUACGAACUAUUUGAUCCCGACCCCCGAAACGGAUUGGCUGUUUCGCCCUGCAGGAUAGAAAAGCCCUUGUUUCCCCCGCCUUUCGAAUGAGAGAAUUAGUGGAAGAUAUGCAUUCCCUAGCGUCUGCACUGAAACACGCCCUUAUUACCUCCUCCAUUAUGAUCGACCUCCAGGGGACAGUCAUGAUCGGGGCUGUAUAUUCCCACAUUUAGGCCCAAUCCCAACUCAUUGCCCCAGAUGCUUUAGUCUUUGGGCUACUCCUGCAGUCCCAAUAAGGCCCCUUCAGGUCCAGCAAGGCAAAGGAAAAAGCAACGCCCCAUUAUUCAAGCCACCCGGUGUGAGGAGCAUCCCUUUAUUGCGCCCUUGCAAAUGUACUCUGAGCUCAUCGCACAAGCCUAGUCAAUUGCUCAGCCCUGAAAGAAAAACAAAAGAAGCACAUCUUGAAGAUUACCUUCGCUUUGACCCCACGUGUACUC